AUGUGUCUCUAUAAAAAUUGGUUUUCUGGUCAAAUUCCUCAUGAGAUUGGAUAUUUAAAUUCGCUAGUAGAUUUGGAAUUGAACUCGAACAACCUCAUGGGUGAAAUUCCUAUUUCUAUAGGGAACUUGAGAAAUUUAACGAUUCUACAACUCCACACAAAUCAACUUUCUGGUCACAUUCCUCAAGAAAUUAGGUUAUUGACAUCCCUUAUUGAUUUGAAAUUCGAGUCAAAUAAUCUCAUUGGUCAAAUCCCUACUUCAAUUGGAAAUUUGAAGAACUUAAGGACAUUGUAUCUCUAUAAAAAUGGACUCUCUGGUAGCAUUCCUGCUACCAUUGGAAAUUUGUCAAAUUUGAGGUAUUUGUCCUUAUUUUCUAAUAACUUCACUGGUCAAAUUCCAAUCUCUUUAGGAGGCCUGACAAAUUUAGAAUUCAUUUCGCUCGAUGAUAAUAAACUUUUUGAUCAUAUUCCUAAGGAAAUUGGAUUGUUAUCCUCCCUUGUCGAACUAUAUCUGUCCUCAAAUUUUUUGUUUGGUCAAAUACCUAGUUCAAUUAGAAACUUAACAAAAUUGAAUAAGUUUAGUCUAUUUUUCAAUCAACUUAGUGGUCACCUUCCAUUAGAACUAAAUAAUAUUAGUGCAAAACUAGUUGUUUUUCAAAUAGGUGGUAAUCAUUUCUCAGGUCCUUUGCCAGAGAAUUUAUGCCUUGGCAAGUCACUAACCUAUUUCUCAGUUGUAUAUAAUAACUUUAGUGGAAACAUUCCCAAGGGCGUAAAAAACUGCACAACCCUUCAAAGAGUUAGGCUUGAACAUAACAAACUCUCUGGGGACAUAUCUGAAGAUUUUGGAAUUUAUCCAAACCUAACUUACAUUGAUUUGAGUUCCAAUAACUUCCAUGGCCAGCUAUCUUCAAACUGGGGUCUUUGUUCAAAGCUAGAAGCGUUAAAGAUUUCCAAAAAUAGAAUUUCUGGGAAAAUCCCACCUGAACUUGCAAAUGCAUCCCAUCUAGAAUUUCUUGAUCUCUCCUUCAAUCAACUUGUUGGGAACAUUCCAAAGAGUUUUAGUACUCUACAUUCCUUGGGUGUUUUAAAGUUGGUUGGCAACAAACUGUCUGGCAACAUUACAUUAGGAAUUGGGGAAUCGUCUUUGCUCACAGAAUUGGACUUGGCUGCAAAUAGGUUCAUUGGUUUCAUUCCAGAGGGCUUAAGAAGUUGUCAAAAGUUAACUGUCUUGAAUUUCAGUCAAAAUAUGUUUGAUGGUAGGAUUCCUUAUGAUAUAGGAAGCUUGCAGUUCCUUCAAACUCUUGAUCUCAGUCAAAACAUGCUAACCGGCAAGCUACCACAACAGUUUGGAGGAUUAAUAUCCUUACAAAGCCUGAAUGUUUCACACAAUAAGUUGUCAGGCUCCAUCCCAUCAAGCAUGGCUCAAUGCUUAGGUUUGGUUUCGAUUGAUGUAUCCUAUAAUGAGUUGGAAGGAGUGCUCCCAAACAACAAAGCAUUUGAAAAUGCUACAUUUGAAUCCUUAAGAAACAACAAAGAUUUGUGUGGCAACAUUGCUGCUUUGAAGCCAUGUUCUUCUGGAUCUCCUGAAAAGAAGACAGAUCAAGGUCACAAAACAACAACUUUAGUCUUAAAGAUAGUGAUACCGAUUGGAGUUAUUGGUGUUGUUGCGAUGGUUGUUGUCAUAUGGUUGAUUCCACUAAGAAGGUGCAUCAAAGAAAUGCCAAGGGCAUCCAGAGAAAAUUUGUUCGCAAUAUUGAAUUUUGAUGGGAAUAUUGCAUAUGAAAGCAUAGUAGAAGCUGUUGGGAAAAAUCCCACUUCCUGUGACAAGGACCCAACAGAAGCAACAGACAACUUUGAUUCAAGAUAUUGCAUUGGAGUGGGAGGAUCCGGAAGUGUAUUUCGAGCUGAGUUAUCCAAUGGUGAGAUUUUUGCUGUAAAAAAAUUAAAUGAACCCAUACAAGGAGAUGAGUCUCGAGACUUCAGAAGUUUUUCAAAUGAGAUUCGUACUUUAAGUGAGGUGAGGCAUCGAAAUACUGUUAGGCUGUAUGGCUUUUGUUCUCAUGUGCGACAUUCGUUCCUAGUUUAUGAGUACUUAGAAGGUGGAAGCCUAGCGCAAGUAUUGAGCCAUGAUGAAAAAUCAAUAGAAUUUGAUUGGAUUAAGAGGGUGAAUGUUGCUAAAGCUGUGGCAAAAGCAUUAUCAUACAUGCACCAGGGUAGUUUCCCUACCAUUGUACACCGAGACAUAUCCAGCAAGAAUAUUCUUUUUGAUCAUGAAUACGAGGCUCAUAUAUCUGAUUUUGGCACGGCUAGACUCUUGAAUUCUAAUUCAUCGAACUGGACUUCGUUUGCUGGAACAUUUGGCUACACUGCUCCAGAGUUUGCUUACACAAUGGAAGUGAACGAAAAGUGUGAUGUGUUCAGUUUUGGAGUGGUAGUUUUAGAAGUGAUUAUGGGACGACAUCCUGGUGAACUUGUUUCAUCAAUUUCAUCGUCUUCAUUAUCUGAAAACCAAAACGUGUUUUUAAAGGAGGUGUUGGACCCUCGACUUUCAAGUCCUGGGAAACAUGAAGCGGAAGAAUUGGUGUUGAUUGCAAAGAUAGCAUUUGCAUAUCUGAAUUUCAAUCCAGGAUCUCGGCCAACCAUGUUCCAAGUUUCUGCAUUGCUGUCCAAGAAAAUGCAGCCUUCAAAUUUGUUUCCUCAUAUCACACUUAGCCAAUUGUUUGGUCUUGAAUUUCCCACUGUCUGACUACGACAUUAAUCUUCAUUUGCAUACUAUUUAUCCUUUAAUUUUGGUUGUAUAUAUUCUUGGUUUUCUAAGAAUAAU